CAAACGGUAUCAUAAUAUGUUUUUAUUUCUUUGCAUAGUGGCACAAAACAAUACAGAACAAGACAUUACACUCCCGGCAUCACUUCAGAUACCUAUUGUCUGUAUUAAAAUUUACCCAACGGCAUUAGCAAACUUUCUCACCCGCAGGGUCGUGCCAAUGAGUUUGUACAGUUUCAGCCUCAGCCAAUCGGCGCAACAAAGUCGAAAACAAAAGUCGCUUUUAUUGCACAAAAUUUCCACCCAAAUUAACGUUCAAUUGCUCGAACGAUGGCCAGACAGAGUCCCUUGAUGCCCAUUUUCUUUCGGCAUUGGGAGUAUUCAUGCUACACAAAACAAGGUGUAACAGAUAAAACGAAUAUGGCGAGUGGAAUACAUUGACUCGAUUGACCGUAUCACCGCAGUAAGCUGGAGCAGGCUCAAGUGGGCAGAAAAGUUUUUCCUUUCACCACGCGUUAACGUGGCUGUACGCAGAACGGCUAGCAGCAGUGUUGAGUGUUCGCAUGCAAAGUUUUGCUGACUUCCAAAACCUUCAACCAGCUGGCGAGCCUACCCGACAGUAGUAACCGGUAGUAUAAUAAGUCGAGGCGCGAGGGUAGCACCCAGGAAAUGAAGAAAUUUUCAACAAGGCUUAAAAUUGCUUCCUGCGUAUUAUCUACGACUUGCCCCGAAAGAUUCUAGAAAAUGUUUCCGCUCGAGUAGGGAAGCGUACUACUAUGUAAGAGUAAGCACACAAACGAACUCAUUUCCGGUCCAGUUUGACCGUUUGUCUCGCUUUCGUAGUAUUUAUUGUCCAUCGAUUCAAUAUGAAUCUGAAGCAGCCCGGUCAUCAUUGGGCAUUAUUGGUUAAGGCAACAAACCGAAAUGGAUUAUGCUUUCUUGCUUUGGGAGGACAGACGGUUGGCAAGACUUGCUUCCAUUAGGUCGGAAGUAGUUCUCAUCAAAAUAGAUUGGAAAAGUUUGACCGAAGCAAUGUGACCCAUUCCGAUGAUGUGCGGUUUGUAUGGCAGAAUUCCGAGAAUUGUGCAGAAAAAGGUUUAUAAACAAGCUCGUAAAAAGAUCUGUCCAUGUCACUGUGCUUGCAUUGUUCUAAGUAUGACGAUAGACUGUUCUGAAGAAAUAGAUAUAAUAAAGCAUGGAGAUUAUAUACUUUACGAUAUUGAUAAGUAACAUUGCAAACAUUUAGGCGAUGUUAUCCAUGGCUUUCCAGAGAAAUGUACUAAUUAAGCAUACUUAAAUGUAAAACUGAUUCCCGUUUUGACAUAAUACUAGCAGAGCAUACUGGCUCACCAACAUUGCCGUAAGCUCCACCAUGUUAAGCUGUGGCAAACUUCCGACAGUACCAUUUUGCCCGCAACACAAAACGCUCAUCGAGUGUAGUUGUAACUCAAACCCAGUUAUCGAGUUGUAGCAAAACUAAGUUUAAUUUGUUCGUUUCCUUCAGCUUGCUUCCUUCACCCUGUGCUGGCGUGGCUUGUAGCAUCUUUGCCCUCUAACUACUAACGCAUCCUACACGCAUCACUUCGUGAAACCAAAAACCAUACCCUGUUCGCUCCUUCACGGGCCGAACAACAGCCGUGCCUGGCAUGUCAACGUACACGAGGCGGUAGAUCAAAUCUGGGCGCCUGUGCAUCGUUUCAAUUUAGUGCGAGUAACAAGCAUCGGAAGGUCGCACCAACCGGGCUUAUCUGACAUGUUCAUCGAGUAAACUAAUUGGGUUUCAAUGGUAGGUUGAGUUUAGAAAAGCUUGUACCGCCCUCCAGCAACCUUCCAGCUGACGCACACUUCCUCCCCCCGCAUAUGCAUAAACCCCGGGCCCGGGCGCUGUGUUGCGCUCGGAAGGGGAAGCUAAUCGUAGCUUUUCAUCGUACCUUGAGAGCUGCUUUUCGGAAGCCUACAAGCCACCGGGGGCGAUGCGAGUGGGGUAAACUUUGGGGUCCCCAAACGUACCCUCAAAUCCCACCUAAGCCAUUUACAAAGUUUUUUGAACGAUGCGAGGAUCGUUAUCUUGCCCGCUUAGGCGAACCUUCCGAAUGCGUGACGGUAAAGAGUAAAUUACUGUAGGUGUGUGUGUGUGUGUGUGUUGUGUGAUAAAGCAUGUCGUGUGGUUCGGUUUAGUAUUGUAACACGCCCACACGUGCUCUGUAGCGAAAAUGUUUACAUUUUUCAAAGCAAUCUCCAAUCGUUUCAUCUUUACCGAGGAUCAUGUUUUUUUGUUUGCCUCAAAAACACACUUUUACUAUUUUCGGCCAUUCGAGAUUAAAUAUAGCUGGCCGAGAAUGUAACCCGUGCUAGCUUCAAUAAUGCGCCGCUCUUCAAACAAUGUAUCCUUCCACGAAGCUGGCCAUCAAUACAAAGCGUCUCUGAAGCCCCGGCUGGUGGCGCCCGUGAUAAAAGUUAAUCUCCGGGAUCGUGCAAGCGGCACGUGAAUUCAUUUUGUACGGUCAACUACCAUUUUUAUGAGCAUUAAGGUACUGGUUUAGCAAAUAAACCCCCAUCAAUGGGGUUCUUUGUCCCUUUCGGCAACACAAAGCGUACGAGCGAAAGGAAUCGUUCCAUGACUUUGAGGGUAUGGUUUGGUUUUUUUUUGUUCUUUUACUCAAGUCUGACACAAAAGAGAUUUGGAAAAAAAGAGUGGAGAGACAUGUCAAUAGAAAAUUAAUUAGACGGAGAAACACAUUUAUUUUUGUUUUGUGAUACUGUAAAGCAAACUCCUAAAAUAAACGAAGAAUGUAGGAAAUGUGUGUAAACGAAUUGUUUUCCGAAAUUUCAAGCUGGCUUUCUUUUGUUAUGAAACUUCUACUGCUUUACUGGAUCUUCGUCACUUUGUGUAAAACACUUUCACACCUCCCUGGGAAGGUCCUAUGUCUGUAGGCGGUUACAAUCAGAACGUGACAUGAACACGACAUCAAAAUUAAAGCCAAGUCAUUUCCAGGAAUAUCAACUACAUCCGAACACGAUCACACCUUUUAGGUAGCAGUACGUUUGAAACAUUAAGUAGGUAUAUAGAGUAAACCCCACCAACAACAUAAUUUAGUAAAGAUCAAGAAGAUAAUCCUAGUUAUCCAUACAAGUCCUGUGCAUACCUUCAGGUGUUACUAUUCGGAUGUUUGACACUCAAUUAGCAAAGAUUACAAUCUAAAACAGGUAAAAUCAUAAAAGCCAAAUAACAAAAACAAGGACAUUUCGUUAAAAGUGGUAACAGCCAGUGCUGAAAUAGAAGAAAUUUUAAAUUCAUUAUACAAAUUAUGUACGGUAGCAUCAAAAAAGGAUGUACAAAGCUUACUGUAAUGUAUGUUUUCAUUAACAUUUCCUAUCCUUUCCCAGAGAUGUCGCUCUUUUUGUACUACAUUCGCAGUACUAAUACCUACAUUACCUGAUGUGGAAUUGUCGAUUCGAUGCCUUAAGCAUCAUCACGAGCGUCACUGGGGUCCUUUUUUCGAGGAACCGGUCAACGUGACUUCCGGGGCGGCCUUGCAGGUUGGAUAUCAUUUAUCAACGGAGGCUAUCCUCAACUGUAGGGUAUGCAUGCUUAAAGAUAAAACGGUGAUGUGGAUCCGACGAACCACCGAUAAGGUAUCGUUGCUCACCGUUGGCAAUAAUACGUACAGCGGGGACCCGAGGAUAAAGGUCAAAUUUCAAUAUCCCAACAAUUGGAGGCUACAUAUCAACCCGAUCAAAUCCGACGACGCCGGCCUGUACAUGUGCCAGGUGUCGACGCAUCCGCCACGGGUGUUCGCAACGAAUCUGACCGUCUUGGAGCCCGCUGUAAGAAUAGUGGACGAGAUGGGGUACGAGUUCUCCGAUCGGUACUAUAAACUAGGCAGCACCAUCGAGAUAUCGUGCCAAGUGUCGACGUCGUAUCUGGCUACCCUUCCACCCAGCCCCAAGUCGGCUGGCCAACAACAACGCUCGAAGACUUCCCCCGUCGGUGCAUCGGCAAACGCGUUGGACGAGACGGCGAAAACAGGCUCCAAAGCCACUAAAGACGAUAACAAACUGUCCGACUCGACGGAAAGAGGGUUGAUUAGCUGGACCAAGGAUGGCGCCGAGCUGCCGAAGGAUGUCAAGAUGAGUUUUAGUGGCACCAAGCAGUGGCUCAUCAGCCGGAUAUCGAUUCUGCAGGCAAAUCGUGUCCACAAUGGCGUCUACAACUGCACCGUCGCCGGCAAGCAGAGCCAGGCGGCCCAGGUUCAGGUCCUGAACGGUGAAACUCCGGCCGCUGUGCAGCAUAAUUUUGGCCAUCGCAAAGAGGCGUCCGGGCUGGUCGGUCUUCACUGCCCGUUUUGGUGUGGUACACUGUACAGUUUCGGAAGCGGUCGGUUGGGUUGGAAUUAUUUGCAACACACUCUUUGUUAACGUGUUGUGCAUCGGAUCAGCAACGUAAUGAGCAGAUUUAUUUGAAGCAAGAGAUUAAAGCCUUUUGGAGCUUAUACCUAGUAAAAGACUUUACACAACUUAAGACUGACAUAUUGUACAAUAUAUGUUGUUCAAUGAAUAAAUCAAUGGUCUAAAUAUAACCUUUAAAAA